AUGGCAUCUCCAUACUACAUCGUGAACAAGCACGUCGGCGACAAGCAAAACUCUGAAGAUUGGCGAAUUCGUGGCUAUAAUCCCCUCACCUCACCAGAUUUGCUUCAGCACCAAAUACCACAGACGCCAGCCAGCAAAGCCACCGUGCUGAAGGGUCGUGAUGAAGCUGCGGAUAUUGUACAAGGCCGUGAUGCACAAGGACGACUCCUGGUCAUUGUAGGACCCUGCUCUAUUCACGACCCGAAGGCCGCCCUCGAGUACUGCGACCGUCUGCUAAAAGAGAAGGAAAAAUACAAAAAUGAGCUUUGCAUUGUCAUGCGUUCCUACCUCGAGAAACCGCGUACAACCGUUGGAUGGAAAGGCCUAAUAAAUGAUCCGGACAUCGACAACACGUUCAACAUCAACAAGGGUCUGCAAAUCUCGCGAAAGUUGUUCGUGGACUUGACCGAACGAGGCAUGCCUAUCGCAAGCGAGAUGCUCGACACCAUCUCGCCUCAGUUCCUGGCUGACCUCCUCAGCGUUGGCGCCAUCGGUGCGCGGACGACAGAGAGCCAGCUCCACCGUGAGCUGGCCUCGGGUCUUUCCUUCCCGGUCGGCUUCAAAAACGGAACAGAUGGUGGUCUCGGCGUGGCUAUCGAUGCGAUAGGAGCCGUCAAACAUCCUCACCACUUUCUUUCAGUCACAAAACCUGGCCUUGUCGCCAUCGUCGGUACCGAUGGAAACGAGGACAGCUUCGUGAUCUUGAGAGGUGGCAAGAGUGGUCCGAACUACGAGGCCAAGUUCAUUGCUGAGGCAAAGGAGGCGCUUGCCAAGGCAGGCGUCAAUGGUAGACUGAUGGUAGACUGUUCGCAUGGGAAUUCAUCGAAAAAUCACAAAAAUCAGCCGAAGGUCGCAAGCGACGUGGCAAGGCAGAUUGCGAAUGGCGAAACGGCAAUCAUGGGCGUGAUGAUAGAGAGCAACCUCAACGAGGGUAACCAGAAGGUGCCCAAGGAGGGUAAGGAAGGUCUCAAGUAUGGCGUUAGCAUUACAGAUGCUUGCAUUAACUGGGAAGAUACCGAGCUUGUGCUCGCUGAGCUUGCUGAGGCUGUGAUCAAGCGACGCAAAACUUUGCAGAUCAACGGACAUGCUUAG